AUGAAGAUUGGGAUGACUUAGGCGCAACGUGAAGAAUGCAAUGGAACACCAAGCCAAGUACCAAAUACCAUUACCUUUUCUCAAUCUUUUUACUUCGUGCAUGAUUCCCUUGUCAGUUUCAAAAGCUGCAGUGUGCACUUUUUUGCCUCAAACUUGGAAAUCAAAUCAAACGAUACCUCUCUUUCUGUUAUUAAUAUUAUCCAUUCGUGCAUUCCUGACACAACACAACACAACAAUUCAACAAACAUCAUUAACAUUAACAUUAACAUAUUUGAGUUUCUGUUAUGUCUGUCUCAUGAUGGACAUUGUCCCAUACUCUAAGCCAAACUCAAACUCAAACUCAAACUCUGGCACCGCCACCCCACCAUGGCACGACAUGUUCCGAUCCGCAUCCGCCAGACAACCCACGACGGCUCCGGCGAACAGCGACCGGAAACUCCACUCCGACGAGCGUCUGGCCCUCUGCAUAGCCAUGGCCCACGCAGGGCUGGCCUUCGUGAUCCUGACCCUCUUCUCUCUCUACAAACUCCUCCAACAAUACCUGAGACCCCUCCAAUGGGCCGUUCUCUGUUCCAUCCCUCUCAGACUCAUUCACCAAACCACCGUUUCCUUUUGGUCUUACCCUCUCCAACUAGGCCUCACUCACACCCUCCUCGCCCUCCCUCUCGCGCUUUUCACCGUUUUCAUCGCCACCACCGUUCAGAUUCGUCAAGCCUCUUUCGCAAUCCUUCUCCGGAAACCAAAGCCCCGCAAUCAAAACAAAACUAAAGGCUUUUCCACCAUGCUUCGUUUACUUUUCUCCUUUGGGGUCUUUGUUGUUGUUUAUGAGAGGCUUGGCAGUGUUGGGUCAUUGUCACUUUUAGGAUUAUGCUUUGUGUUUAGCCCCAAGAAUGUGGAUUCCACUUUGCGUCCCUCUAGGAGGAGUGCAUUUGGGGCGUUUUUCACCAAACUCAUACUGAAAAGGUUGAAGACGUUUGUGGCUGUUGGGUUGAUUGUUGGCAUGAUUGUUGGGUUCUUGAGUGGGGUCAUGUUCUUUGCCUAUGAGAUUGGAGGUGAAGGGAAAGGUGCCAUGAUUUCCCUCAAAUUGAGGGUAGAAGAGAACAUUUAUGCUGAGAGGAUUGGGGUCAAGAAGUGGAUGGAGGAGAAUGAUGUUGCUGGAAUGGUGGAUAAGUAUACUGGUCAAUUUUAUGAGACUGUGUCUGAUCAGAUUGAUGGCUUGGCAAUGCAGUACAAUAUGACUGAGUUUGUGGCGGUUAUUAAGCAGUUUGUGAUAACUGCUCCUGAUAACUCUUCUCAGCCUACAACGGUUUCAGUGAAGGUGCCCUCACCAUACAUGGAAAGGCUCUCGAGUUUGAAGGGUAGGGUUAGAAAUAGGGAGUGGAGGGAGAUUUGUGCAGAACUUGAUACCCUUUUGAGGGAGUUUUUGAUCACUAGGGAGGAUUUGGCUAUGAGGGCAAAAGGGUUUGCGGUUAAAGGGAUGGAUGUUGGUCAACGUGUUUUGGCUAGUGGUACAAGUGUGCUUGGAAGGGGUGCGAAGUUUGUGUUCUCCAUUUUGAAUUCCAUAGUGUCUGGUGCUGCUGAGGUUUUCAAUUUUGUGUCUCAGACAAUGGUGUUUUUGUGGGUUUUGUAUUACCUCAUAACAUCAGAGUCAGGUGGGGUAACGGAACAAGUGAUGCACAUGGUUCCGAUUUCAAACUCGGCUAGGGUCAAAUGUGUUGAAGUGUUGGAUAAGGCCAUUGCAGGAGUCCUUUUGGCCACUGCUGAGAUUGCAUUUUUCCAAGGGUGCCUGACUUGGCUUUUGUUUAGGCUAUACCAAAUACAUUUCUUGUAUGUGUCGACUGUCCUUGCUUUCAUUAGCCCUUUGCUACCAAUAUUUCCAUCUUGGUUUGCAACAAUUCCCGCAGCAACACAGCUAGUGCUUGAAGGCAGAUACAUAGUGGCCAUUAUCUUGUCUGUCACUCACCUUUUCCUAAUGGAUUAUGGGGCAACUGAAAUUCUGGAUGAUGUGCCUGGACACAGUGCAUGUCUUACUGGACUGAGCAUCAUUGGAGGAAUGGCUUUGUUUCCAUCAGCUCUUGAGGGGGCUAUUAUGGGGCCACUGAUAACUACGGUCAUGAUGGCUCUGAAGGAUUUAUAUGUUGAAUUUGUUUUGGGUGAACCUGAUGACAAGGCAAAGCAGAAAGCAGAUUAGGCCUCUAUUUGUGUCUAUGAUUGUAUAUAUUUGUAGUCGUAUCUUCUAGUACAUUGUUCUUUGCAUUAAGCGGAGCUUGUCUCUAGGCACGUCAUUUGUUUGUAAUUACUAUUUUUUAUCUAUGUCAUUUGUUUA